AAAAGAGGAAGACUGAGACACAGGCCCGGCCUGGCACGCUGGUUACUACACCGGUCUUGCUCAGUAUAAUAAAAAAAUAUUAAAAUAUGUGACACAGGCCUGGCCUGGCACGCUGGUAAAUAUCAUUCUUGUGCGCGAGACAGGCCAAGAAUGAUAUACACACCGGUCUUGCACAUAUUUUCUCAGCAGUCAAACCGGGCUUGUUUGAUUAAAUGGAGGAAUAAGAGAAUAUUCCCCGAAGAUGCUCCUCCUCCCUCAUAUAAAAGGAGGGGUGCCCCCAAUGUGAAAGGGGAGGCCAUCUAUCACACUCUCCCCUGCCAACUUCCUCUCUCUCUCUAGAAAUUUGGUAGUUUAUUUCUUUAAAGAGGCUUCAAGCUUCCAUAGCUUCCAUUAAUGGCUUCUAUGCCUAAAUCAUGUACCGUGUAUACACCCCCGAUAUUAAUAAAAAUCCCCCGUUGGCAAGGUACUACCAAAAAAGGCCCGUGGUUUUCUCCCGAUUUGGGUUUCCACGUAAAAAUCCUCGUGUUUAUAGUUUGGUGUAUUUUUUAGACUAGUUUAUCGUUUUAGCCGGGCUAAAAACGAUAUACCGGUCGAUAAUUUACACCAUCACACAUUGAGAGAAUUUGAUGAGUCAAAGUGUUUAGAUGAACAGUUCCAAAAGUCAAAACUGGACGAAUACUCCCGGACUGAGGGAGUACAUCGCAUGAAAGAAAAAAGGAAAAUGCUUGGGUACACCAAAAGUGUACCCCAAAUAUCCCACCCCCUCCAUAACCACAAAUAAAGGCAUGUAUAAUUCAAAAAAUAAAUACCCCUUCGUCUCUAAUAGAUUACAAUUUUUUUCUCUCCUCUCGAUAACUUUUGUUUGUUUGCGCAAUUUCAUAAAGUAUUUGAUAAAAUUAAAUAUUCUUUUCACCUCUUGUUUUGUAGAACUUUUGACGUAGUUUUUUAAUAUGGUAUGUAAUUUUUUUAUUUUAUUGAUAUACCAAUUUGUAAAUAAAAUGAUUUCAAAAAAUAGAAAAUUUUACUCCGUAACCCGAAAUUUGUAAUCAAAUUGGGGACGAAGGGAAUAAAGAAUAAAAACAAAAUGAAAUAAAUGGUGUAUCCAACCCUACCAUCUCCCAAGGAAAAAGGGGAUCUCCGACUUCUUCUUCGACCGCAAGAGCAGGCCGCGGAAACCAAGCCUCCAAGGGGCGAAAAUUCAACGGUAAAAAGCUCUAUCUUGCUAUAAAAUGGUGAUGGAUUAAAGCUUCAAAAGAGGGAACAACGGGGGGAACUACGGGGAAUAACGACGAGAAUAAAGCAGCGGCGGCAUGGCCGCUGCUAUGGUGGCGACCGGUGGACAAGUCCGACGACGAUGGUGGUCGGCGGUGGCGUCUGGCGGCAGCAGCUCCGGUGGGCAGUCUCCUUCAAGCUCCAACUCUUCAAUUUUCAUCAUCUUCUUCAAUAAACUUGGUAACCCUUAUUUGUCAAUUUCUUUUUAUUCUCCAAUUCUUUGUAAAACCUCAAAUCAAAUCUACCAUCGCCUCUCUCCCCUCCCCGAUCUCUGCAUUUCAACAGUGAAAAAAUGGCCGGCAAGCUUCAAGGAUUGCCACCUCUCAAGAGGUUCAUUCUGAUGCAAAAACACCAAGAAAAUGGCCCCGAUUCCUCAAAUCUUCCUGCAAAAAAGAGAAAAUUAGGGAAAGCACUGCAGCCCGAUUAUCUUCCUUCCACCACCUGUUGCCUUCCGGCCAAGAAAAGAGUCUGGGCAAUCCAGCCACUGGAUCUCAAUGUCCAGUACAACCCAGUAAUCGAGGAUGAGAUUUCAGAGAAGAGGUCAUCAAAAGAAGUGUACUUUUCACAAAAUCAAGAACCGGGCAAGUCUGCAAUUCCUGACCAAGGUAUGGAAGAUGACGAUGGGAUUGCGUGUGCCAUAUGCGGAAGCACUGAUGGUGACCCAUCAGAUCCCAUAGUUAUCUGUGACGGUUGCGAUCUAAUGGUCCACACCACCUGCUACGGCCAUCCCUUCUCAACUAAGGGUGUGCCAGAAGGUGAUUGGUUUUGCUCUCAAUGUCUGGAAAAACCUGAAAAACCGAUUUCUUGCUCCCUCUGUCCGGCUUCUGGGGGCGCUCUCAAGCCGACCAGCGAUGGAAAAUGGGCUCACCUUGUCUGUGCCCUCUUUGUCCCGGAGGUGUUCUUCACCGACCCGGAUGGCCGUGAAGGGAUUGAUUGCAGUAAAGUGCCUGAUUGGAGAUGGGAUAACAAGUGCUAUGUGUGCAAGUCAAGAAAAGGGUGUGCUCUUGAUUGCUCUGAGCUCAAUUGCCCAUUGGCCUUUCAUGUAACUUGUGGCUUAAAACAAGAUUUGUGCAUUGAGUAUAACCAAGGACGAACUAAGGGUGCCAUAGUUGCUGGAUUCUGCAGAGCCCAUACUGAUUUGUGGAAAAAGCAACAACAAACUGGUAAGUUCAGGAUUGUUGCAAGAGAUUAGAUAGAGAAAAGUUGGAGAGUGAAGAUCUUGGAUGGAAAAUGUUCAAAUCUACAAAGAGAAGUGACAGCUUUUUGACAUGUGUGAAAUUUCAUUUAUGAUUUGAUCUAAUAAUAGCAUUUACUUUAG